AGUGUUGCAGUAAUCAGCAAAAGGAAUUGUCAUCAUUCAGUGCUGUCUGGUCAUGCAGUACUUAACAUAUAAUCAGCCACGUGUAGAAUAUUUUAACACUUAUUGGUUGCAAGUCUGCAGGUUUUCAAUUAAGCAGGCAUGCAAAGGCUUUACAAUUGAAGCCAGCAGCUGAUGUGCGUUUGGCUGCAGUGAAAACCUGCAGGAUGAUGGAUUAUGGUUCUUAGUUUUUCUUUUCUUUUUUUAUUGUGGAUCUUGGCCCCCUCAGUGCCACAUGAUAGUAAAGCCCCGGCUAUUGUUUGCCACCCUGGUCCUCCCUCAUUCCUCGCUCAUCCACGGGUCGGAUGCGUAUUCAAAAACCCAUCUGAGCGCGCAGUGAAUGAAUGGACGUGAUGAGGCGGACUCUACGGGUAGAGGCUGGGCUCAUUUAACGCCACACGGCUCAGCAUCAUGGCCUUGUGUCACUACCGGGUGGAAACUGCUUGUGCGCGCUUGCGUGCGCGCUUGCUUGCUUUCGUUGUCUGUCGGCGAGGCGAGCAGGCAGGCAGCCAGGCAAAGGGAGGGCCUCGCCGCAUUUCCUCUUCACCAGUGCCGCAAACCCCGCCCAUGCCGGAUGGGGGAUGUUUAAAAAAAACACCACCUCCGAUUUGCUAAGGCAGCCGUCCGUCAGCUUUUUAUUCCAGGCACACUGAUGGGACGCUGACAACGGUGGGCGGGCGCAAAGCUAAGAAAAUUAUAAGGGAUGAUGAUCGCCGGGUCAAAGUCGACGCGCACAGCCUGGCAAAUUUGACGGCCGGAGGAGAGGAGCGGCAGCAGCUCGUUGUGGUAUUAACAACAGGAGGGGAUCCCGGUGCGUGCGUCCGUCUCUCUCGCCCUGGGUGUGUGUGUGUGUGUGUGAAGCCCUCUCUCUGUUAAAGCCAAGCGAAGAGGAGCGGAGGGGACGACCAGGCUAGUCCAUAAGCCGAUCAAGGCGGAAUCAUCAGCGCACAACGAGUUUCACGUCUGGGAUUUUCUGCGCACCUACAUGCUGUGACGGUGUGGACAAGGUGCAAGGAUGAUGCGUCUAGCGUGUUGCACGGCCCUGCUGUUUGUGUUGAGGCUGCUGGUGGGCCUGCCAUGGUACCAGGUACUCCCGGCCAUCUUGAUCUUCUACCUGGGAAGUGGAGGAUGGAGCUUCCUGCAGAUUUUUGCCAAAACAAUUGGCAGAGACUUACAUGCGGCAGGUGUGUUAUUGCGGGUGAAGAUGAAUGUCAAACGUCACCUCAGAGAGAAGAACACCAUUCCCAAGAUCUUUGCUGAAACAGUGCGCCGCCACGGGGACAAAACGGCACUGAUCUUCGAGGGGACUGGGGAGAGGUGGACCUUCCAUCAGCUGGAUGAGUACUCCAACAGAGUGGCUAACCUGCUGCUGGAACGGGGUUUCAAGGAAGGCGAUGUGGUGGCCCUUUUCAUGGAGAACAGGUCCCAGUACGUGGGCCUCUGGCUGGGCAUGGCCAAGAUCGGAGUAGAGGCCGCUCUAAUCAACUUCAAUUUGAGACUAGAGGCCUUGGUCCAUUGUGUCACCAUCUCUAAUGCCAAGGCAGUGGUGUUUGGCUCGGAGCUGACUGAUGCGGUAUGUGAGAUCCACAGUUCAAUGGGGAAAACGGUGCAUAUGUUUUGCUGUGGAGACUGGGACCCCAAACGAGUCCCACAGGGAACCGAGUGCCUAGAGCCCCUGCUCGAUGCUGCCCCGUCUCAUCUGCCAAGCCGGCCACAACGCUGCUUCACGGAUCGCCUGUUCUACAUCUACACGUCAGGAACCACUGGGAUGCCUAAAGCUGCUAUUGUUGUUCACAGCAGGUACUACCGCAUGGCAGCAUUGGUUUAUUAUGGCUUUAAGAUGACAUCAGAUGACGUGUUGUAUGAUUGCCUUCCACUCUACCACUCUGCAGGUAACAUUGUGGGAGUGGGCCAGUGUAUAAUACACGGCAUGACUGUAGUCAUCAGAAAGAAGUUCUCCGCCUCGCGUUUCUGGGACGAUUGUGUCAAAUACAACUGCACUAUUGUGCAGUACAUUGGUGAAAUCUGCAGAUACCUGCUGAACCAGCCAGUUCGGGACACAGAGCAACAACAUCGAGUGCGCAUGGCGCUGGGUAACGGCCUACGUCAGUCCAUAUGGGAGGAGUUCAUGCACCGCUUUAAUAUACCGCAGAUCGCAGAGUUCUACGGAGCCACGGAGUGCAACUGCAGCCUGGGAAACUUCGGCAACAAGGUUGGAGCGUGUGGCUUCAACAGCCAGAUCCUACCCUAUAUCUACCCCAUCAGGCUGGUGAGGGUUGAUGAAGAGACCAUGGAGCUCAUUAGGGGACCUGAUGGCGUCUGUAUUCCCUGCAAACCUGGCGAGCCCGGACAGCUUGUUGGCAGGAUCAUUCAGAACGACCCUCUUCGGAGGUUCGAUGGUUAUGUCAACCAAUCAGCAACCAGCAAGAAGAUUGCUCAUAGUGUCUUCAAGAAGGGAGACAGCGCCUAUCUCUCUGGCGAUGUGUUGAUCAUGGAUGAUUGUGGACACAUGUACUUCAAGGACCGCACAGGAGACACUUUCCGCUGGAAAGGAGAGAACGUCUCAACGACCGAGGUGGAGGGAACUCUCAGCAGGCUGCUAGACAUGAAAGAUGUAGUUGUCUACGGAGUGGAAGUACCAGGAGCAGAGGGAAAGGCUGGAAUGGCAGCCAUCGCUGAUCCGUCUCACUCCACUGACCUGGAGAAGUUUGUGAAGGACAUGGAGAAGGCCCUCCCUCCGUACGCCAGACCUGUGUUCCUCCGCUUCCUUCCGGAGGUUAACAAGACAGGAACUUUUAAGUUUCAAAAGACAGAUUUACGUCGGGACGGCUUUGAUCCCAGCGCUGUGUCAGACAGACUGUACUUCCUGGAUUCCAGCAGAGGGCGCUACACGUUGCUGGACGACGAGCUUUACCGCUCCAUACUGACAGGGAAACACAAAUUGUGAUGACCAGGCUGACCACUACAUGUACACACAGACACACACGCAAACACACACACACACACAUACCAAUACAGAUACAGAAAAGAAGACAAUUUUGUUCGACCAGGAUAGCAGAAUACAGGAACUUGUCCCCAUAUACACAAGUACUACAAGUAAUAGCCAUACACACUCCAUGCAGAUUAGACUCAAAUGCCAACACAUUUACUCAUACACCCACAUAAACGUUGUAUUCCCACUUUGCUCUUUAAAAUCCCUAAAAACAAACGUAUGCACGCCACACACACACACACAAACACACACACAUACACAGCACCACUCCAUCCAUCCCUUCUGCAAUCUCCCCCGGCAACUCCUCUCGCUACCUCAGCAAACACAGAGAGGGGCACAAACCUAAUAACCAGGUCUAUUUGGUAACUUGAAAACCACCCUUCAUAGCCACACAGUUCCUCCCCACACAGGUCUCACUCAACCACCCCUGUCCAUCCUGGUCCAUCAAACCAGAUGUGUUGCUGGGGGACACAACUGGGAGGGGGAUGUGGAGUACAGACUGCCUGGCAUCAAGAAUGCAAAAACUUUGAAAAUUACAGAAAACCACAGACUUAAAGGAUGCUGAGGUGGAGCAUGGAUUCAGUACAAAAAGUAUGCGGGACAGAGGAACCCAUGAGGACCUAAACUGUCUCUCGGCUCGUUGUUUCGUCAGCGAGAUUGUUUCGUGAAAGACUGAAGUCUCAACUGUCGACUUCACCUGCACAAUUUAGCCUGCAGUGACAAACCUGUGUGACAACUAGCUCUCCUCCAACUGAGUUCACUUGCUUGAAAGUAUUUGCUUAAAUUCUCUCGAUCUUCUCGUCAUCGUUUCCACCUUUUUUGAAAAUGAGCCACGAAACUCUAUUUUUUGUUUUGUUUUUUUCGGAAAAAGGGAAUAACAUAAGGAUGUGAGGGAUUUUUUUGGAAGUGACAUGUAACUCGCGGUUACAGAAGAGAAAUUAGACCGGUGGUUGAAGAUGACAGAUUCACUAAAGUGCAAUAGGGCUCCAGCGUUUGCAGUGCAAUAAUCAGCUGCACAAGCACUGAUAUAAAACAAAGCUUUGUUUUUGAAUAUGUUUGCAUCACACCAAAUAUAUUUAAGUUCUACUGUUUGUUUACAUAUUUAAGAGAGGUUUUAGUAAUUUAUGUUGUUGUAAAAGCUUUCUCUUUUGUUAUAGUGCAACUGUAUCAGGUUUUUUUUUUUUUUUUUUUUUUUUUUUUUUUUUUUUUUUUUUUUUUUUUGCUUUAUGUGUAUCCAAAUCCGUGCUUCAGUAACUCUUGGAGUCCUCAACAAUGAAGCUGUAGUAAACAUUUGAUAUCAGCUGCUGGAACACAAAGUCAAGUGAUCUGACUGAUUCAACCCUGGGCUAAAUACAUGGGGGCUAUUUCCACAAACAGGACUUGUCCACAUACUGGUGUGCAGUAUGUUUGUCUGGCUAUAUUGUGCAGGUUUUGUCCUAAAAGGUAGACUACCUAUCGUAGGGUGUGUGUGUGUGUGUGUGUGUGUAUAUUCUUCUAAAACAUACGAAGAGGACUUGACUGAAGAUAGAGGAGCACCAAAUCACCCAGUUGGCGAGGACUUGCGUUUUCAACAAUACUCCUGGUGCUAAAGUGAGAUGUUCUGCCAGAUUCAAAAGAGCCGAAAGAUCCAAAGAUUUAAAGGCAGGAGUAGGGUACACUGUCACAGAGGAGGUGCGUCAAAGCAGAGCGGUAGAAGAAGAGAAAAUGUGCUUUGUCAUCGAUGUUUUGUCUGUUGUUCGCAGUAGCUGUCAUCAGAGGUUGUAGCAGCAUGAAUGAGCAUCAGCAACCACAAGCAGAGCACUGUGCCUUACUGUGAGUUCACCUCCCAGAUUCACAGGCCCUGGUCCACAUAUAGUCUCUCACAUGGUUCCCUAUGUUGGACUUCAUUCAGCUUCUAUCUACCAUAAUCUAAUUUAUCUGUCUCCGAGUUCCCUGUCGUAGUUGCAAAGCUGGCCUAAAUCUUGGGAGCUCAUAUUUUAUCCUGAAAAUCAUCUGCUAAGAAUUUAUGGCAGCCCAGCAACUGGCACCUUUAUCCUGCCAGGUGCAGAAAGAGUUUGUGUUGAUCUCUCAAUGGGCAAGAGUCCAACAUUUUGCAAGUCUGCUGUCUUUACUUAGUCCCAGCUGUAACCUUAAUUUGUCAACUAGCUGUCUUAUUCGUUACUUGUUUGUUUCUCGGUUUGUCUUCUAGAUAUUGUUCCCCUAAGUUUCCUUUUGGUCAGCACCUUUUAUACCAAGCCUUUAUCGUCUUUCUGCCAAGCAAGCACCCCAAUCCUUUCCUUUAAUCCUUCUCUAACCCUACCCUCUAUCUUCCCUCUCCCUCUCUGUCCGUGGCCCCUCCAACCCCUCGAGCUGGCACUUCUUGUUUGAUCCUCGCUGUCUCCGUCAGGUUACCGAGCCUCGUUCUCUGCCGUGUCUGCAUCAUCUUGCUGUGCUCAUGUUGAUUCAGACAAUGGUAUAAGCAGUAGUUAAUUAUAUUUCAGAAAUGUCCUAAUUGGAGUUCGUUGAGUGUUUGAUGGAGGGACUGGUGACAUGAAACUCUAACUACACACUCCAAACUGUUUGCAAAUAUCUUUUGCCGAUGUGUGCUGUGUGUAAUUACCCUGUGACUUUUUGUCUUACCUUUUGCGACUGUCCACAUCCUGAGUCACCUACAGUACGGCCAGGCUGGCUUUUGCCAACGGUGGUUGUGUAAUGAGUCAUGUGAAGAAGGCUGUAGUGUAGAGGACUUAUUCUUCAUGAGUUUUAGGCUGCUUUGUUUUCUGCAGACUGAUUCUCAAGAUGUAUAAACGGCUUUUCUUAGUUCAUACUUUGCACUGACUGACUGACUGACACAGCUGACCAUGACACAGUCUGCUGACGGUGAUCCUCAAAGACCAACAAAGCCAUUUGAUAGAUUUUGAGUUUCAUCCCUGCUUCCCUCUGUGGUGUGGAGUCUCUCUCUCUCGCUCUCUUUCACUUCUAAUAAUUCUUUAAUGAUGAGUGUGAAAUGUUCUCAUGAAUGUCUGAAAAAGAAAUGAGUGACCAAUGAUGAAGAUUAUGUCGUGAAGUAAAGUGUGAUUUACGUAUCUUAAGGGAACACAGUUUGGCUGUUAUGAUGCUUGUGACUGAGGGUCACGCUUUGUCAACCCUGACUGAACAGCCCCACAGCAGAUCACUCUGAAUAAGAUGUUUCUAUUUUCACUUUUUUUUUUUUAAAUGACUUUAAAUUAUUAUUUUUAAAGGAACUGUUAAUUAUACUUUGAUUGUUUCACUGCUUCAUGUGUUUACUUUUGGUUUUCUUUGCGUGAAAUCAUAGCUUUGUGAUUUUGUUGUUUUCAAAAAAAAAAAAAAAACGGGAUUCAUGCAUGAGUGUAAGACAAUCGAAUGGCAGUUGAUUUUUUUUUUUUCUCUAGCUUUUUGUAAAAGGCACUCGGAGCCAGCCAGGGAGCAACCUUUUCUGGAUUACAGUGGUUGUAUGUUGACCAAGAGCCAAUUCGCUAUUUCCCAGCUUAUAAAUAUUGUUUUGACAAGUUGAUGGCAAAGCAGAUAAGUCAGGUGUAAAAAACCUAAAACGACUGAAGGUCUGCAGGAUGUGACAUGUUUGUGGGAUGUUUGUGGGUGUGUUAAGGUUUUGAGACACCUGUUUGACCAGAGGGGGGCGCUGUGUCCUUGGCAAGACACACAAGUUUCAAUGCCAUCAUUUUUAUCAUGCAGUGUUUGGAUUACUAAUGAAAGUAACUACAACUACUGUAGAUUAGACAUAUUGGUGAAAACAAACAAAGUGUGGGAUUUUUCCAUAAAUUUGUGAAUCAAAUUUAAAACCUCAAUGUUUCCAAUGGCCUGUGGAUAUUAUCAGUUGUUCACUAUUAUUUGACCAAUUGACCAAUUAUUGCCAGCUCCUAAUACACUUAAAUCGACUACAUAAAAUGUUAUGGUGAUGUGAAUAAGUUUCUUAAAUUGAGCUCCAAAUUGUCAUCAGUCUUUCCAGCAGAUUAGAUAUAAUAAUUACUCUCAGAGUAACUUGUUAAUUGUUUGCCGUGCUUUAAAAUCAAAGAUCAUAGAUACAUUUAUAAUUAUGUGGAUAUUAAUCCAGGUAGGCCAUGGCCCUGGCUGAGGAAUUGUGUUUUAUCAUAUUUCUGUGUCUCUGGUCUGACUGUUCCUCAUGCCUCUGAUCAACAUUUGUCACUCAGCUUUUUUGCACUUUUUUUUUGUUUUUUUGUUUUUCCCCUGCCGUGGUCCUCAGGAACAUCAAGCAGUGCAACAGAAGGAAACAAGUUUGUGCACGUCUGCCGAUGUGUGUAUGUAUGUGUGUGUGUGAAAGUUUUUUUUUUUUAAUUAUUAUUAUUUUAUUUUGUUGUCUCAUUGCACAGGCGGCAGCUCUCAGCUUGUGCAGAGUGUGUAGUGGAGGUCUGUGAGGUGUGCUGUGUGUGUGAGACACACACACAUUGAUGUCCUCUUGUCCACUGAAGGCUAGCUAUAUACAUCAUGCAUUUCAAGAAAAUGAGAUAAAAGCAGUGCUACAAAUGGAAAAAUCAUUAUUAAUAAAAAACUAUUUAAAUUGUUCA